UCUGACGUCACAAUCUACCUGCCAACUGUCACAUUCGAGCGCAGUUUGCAGAUAUGAGCUUUGAAACAUAGUAGUUAAAUAUUUUACCAAAAUUUGAUUUUUUGCAAACUGUUUAGAUUAUAAUUUCUUGUUUAAACGAUUUACAACGCACAAAGGAUCAUCAUACGAUACUUCAAAAGGAAUAAUCUACCGUUUAUAUCCUAAAACAGAUCAGCAUUUUUUUUCUUGGCGAGGCUGUUAUAACUCGCCACCGUUGACAGUUCACAGAUUUUUUCUUUCAUCUCGAACUCUACAAACCACUUAUAAGUGGAACGUGAUAAUUCCACCUCUAUCAGGUUUUUCAUGGUAGAUUUUAGGGGUUGUGACAGGGCUGAAAUAAAGCCCGUGGACACCAGGAACAACACCAUAUUUAUAAAUAUAAAAUAAUCAAAACAGAUUAGAAUGAAAGAAAUUAGAUUGUUGAAUUAAGAGAGAAGAUUCACAGAGAUAAUAAAGAAAAGUACCCAAAUGAAAGACCGGUUAACCUUACAGAACCCUUUCGCCGUUUAAACCAGAACUACUUAAAUUUUGACAUAAAUCAAAAUUUAUAUAGAUAAAAUGCCUCCUAUAGAUCCACUACAAUUAUUGAGAGCAUUAGCAACUCUUCUGACCUCAGAAGGUGGAAUCAAAGGUCCUGCUGAAUCCACACGGAUUUGUGGGCUGAUGAAAGAGGCAUCAAAGUUGGUCAGUAGAUGUAUUUAUAUUAACAUUUUGAAAGCCACACAUUCACAGGAAGCUUUGGAGAAGUUCAUUGAAGAUGGGGGAUGGGAUGUAUUGAAUCUUUGGCUGUCAGAUUUUAAAGAAAUUGACAAUCCACAGCUGUUAACAGAAAUACUGAAAGUUUAUAAAGACCUUCCUGUUACUGUUGAUUUACUGAAAAAAAAUAGUGCUGCCAAAACAAUCAAACAACUUGGAAAGUCAGACCAUGAAGGUAUUAAAAUUUUGUCAACAGAAAUAGUUGAUAAAUGGAUGAAAAAAGUGAGAGAAAGAAGUAUAGCAGAAGGUGCAGAUGGUGAUAAAGCAAAGAAGAAGAAAAGUAGUAAAGAUUCAAAGGAUGAAAAGAAAGACAAAGAGAAAAGUAAAUCAGACAGCAAAAGUAGAUCUGAAGAUUCUAAAAAUAAAUCAGAUGUUUCUAAGAGUAAAUCUGAAAAAUCAGAUAGAGUGAAAGUUGAAAAUGAAGAAUCAGAAAUAGUAAAAGGAAGAGUAAUAGAAACCCCAGGAAAUGGACUAAAAAUUCACAUCAAGUUAGAACGAAGUGAUAACGAGAAAAAAGACUCUAGUGAUAGUAAAAAGAGGGCAUCAACAAUGAAACGUCUUCCUGGUCGGUUUAGAUCAACUGGCCUUGAAGAGGAACUUGUAUUACCACAGAAAAAAAUAAACAAUGCUGAACCUACUUCAAAACGACCAGGUUCUGACCAAAAACCAAAAGACGAAGAACCACCUGAAAAAAAGUCACGACUUCAAAUUUCUACAUCACUGGCUGCAACAGCAACCACCAGUACAUCUAUAUCAUCACCAACCAGUACAUCACCAACUGAUUUAAAGGCCAUUCCAAAUGCCAAAGGCAAAGGUCAUGAAAUCCAUGAAAGUAGUAUAUUUAUGGACAUGAUAACAAGAGGCUCUACAGAAAGACAACCAGGACCUAUGCGAAGGAAGAAGAAACUGCCUUCAGUCAAUGGAAACUCCACCAUCACGCCUGUCAAGUCUACAUUGUCAUCAACAACACCAAUGACGCCCACAACACCACCAUCUCCAGCAACUGUUACAGCCAGAUCUCUACCUUCAGUUCCUUCAUUUUACAAAGAUACUCUAGAAGAAAAUAAUGAUGAAACAGAGAAAUCAUCUGAGAAAGAGAAAAGUCCUUCCCCGACAGAAGAAAUAGAAAAGAAAGAAACAUCUGAAGAUGUAGAAAUGAAAGAACCUUCUGAAGAUGGAGGAGAAUCGAACAAUAGUGAAGAGAAAACUGAAGAAAAUAUACCUGAAGAUCCCAACGCACCAAAAGGUCUUCUUACAAAUGGAGUAAAAAAGAAGAAUAGAAAACGAAAGAAUGUAACUUGGAUUGAGGAACCCAAAUUAAGGACUUAUCAUUAUUUUGCACUAGAUGAAACAGAAAGAGUCAAUGUAAACCGAGUGGACUUUGAUCAAAUGAAGAAGCAAGAAAUGUUAUCAGACAGAAAGGCAAUGGAGUCUGCCAAGAGAUUGACUCAUGAUAAAAUGGCUGAACAAAUUCCUUGGAGACGACCACCUGUAAUAGAAGGGUUACCUCCUGGUAUUGAGAACGGGGCAAACAGUGUGGAAAAAGACAUUCAACGUGAGAGGGAACUGGUUGUACUACAGGCUCUUUUCUUUAAUAAGGAUAUGUUACCAGAUAGUCCAGCAGAACCUGAUCUAGAACCAUUUGAACCAUCAGAUCCUAAGUUCAUACCUUUAGAAGAUGAAUCAUCAGGAGAGGACAACAAUGUAUACAAUCAUGAGCAAUAUCAUUCACAUGACAUGACAAAAUCAUCACUGCCACCACCUAGCCAACAACAAACCACCAAUCCAGCCACUUUACCUCCAGAAUUAAUCAAUAUGAUAACAUCCCUACAGCAAGGACACCAGCCUGACUUGAUGGCAAAUAUCCAGAAUGUUUUAGCUUCUGUAAUGGGAAGCAUGGGUAACCAGUCACAGGAAAUGUAUGAUAAAGUUCGGGAAUUACUACUGCCAUUACAAAAUCAAGGUCUUAUACCAGAUAUGAUGAAUAUGCAAAUGGGACCAGGAAUGGGUCCUCGUCCAAGACUGGGUCUUCUAGGCCAGGCACCACCAGGUUUUAUUCCAGGACCAGGAAUGCAGGGUGCACCACCUCCAGGAAUGCAAGGUCCACCUCCAAAUAUGCAAGGACCGCCAAGAUUUCCUCCACCAGGACCUGUUGUCCAAGGUGAAGAAUGGAAUGAGAAUAUGAUGGGUGGCCCUAUGGCAGGUCGAGGAAGAGGAGGUAUGCCAAUGAGGGGAGGUGGUGGUAGAAUGCCUAUGCCAGGACCACCCAAUCAAGGACCACCUAUGGGACCAAUGCAAGGAGGCCCUAUGCAGGGACCUCCACCUCAAAUGAGAGGAGGUGGAAAUCAAAGGGGAGGUAGAAUGAGAGGACCAACAAACAGAGAUAUAUGUAGACAUUUUGCAGCAGGAGGUUGUCGUCGUGGAAACACAUGUUCAUUUUUACAUCCAGGAGUUAAUGGGCCACCCUUAUAGCAGAAGCUAAAUGUAAUCUGACUUGAAAUCAGCUUUAAAUCAAACCUGUUAUUCUACAGGAUACAAUAAAACCUGAGAUUAGAUGCAGGAUAACCCUCCAGUGGAAUAUUGUGAGACUGGGUCCCUAGGUUUAAUCAAAGAGACGAAGAUGAAUCUCCACAACUGGAGUGUAAAAAUAUUCUACUGUGUACAGAUGUUAUCCACAACGAGAAAAUCUACAGUAAAAAACAAUUAUUCCACCUUCAUAUAAAGUCAAUCUAAUUGCUGAUUAUGAGAGAGAAAACUUAGUGCUUCCAUUAAUGAUUGUGUUCAUGUAUAAGUUGUGAAUUUUACUAAUACUGACGUGUUCAGAUAAACAGAUCUAGUCACCCAUUACGAGUGUUAAAAAAAGACCAAAAAACCUAACAUAGUUAAAUGGCUGUGCAGUGUUGAUGAUUGUUAUGAUAGAAUUUGAAUGAUGACUGUUUUGGGAUAAUGUUACAGAUAUUUGAUGUUUGUAUAAAACCAUAAUAUUUUCAUAGUUAUUUACAGUAAUGUCAUCACAGAUGUAUUAUGGAUAUGUGCUUACUAUGUUUUUGUCUUGUGUAAUGUCAAAACUGCCAUGCAAAUUCAAAGUAUAAAGUCUAAAAUCAAGAACUUGGUUAAUAUUCUUCUAUUAUCUUGAAAUCAUUGUUGUUUGGUUGUAAAGAAUUUUUCAUUUUUCUGUUUGUCAAAAUUUAUGUCUAGUUCUUGAAUGUCUGAAAAAGGGAAAAUCAAGAUUUCAUAUCAUUAGGCAAAAUUUAAAGAUACAUCAGGUAACAGGAAAAUUAUCAGUAAAUUUUAAGAGGGAAACUGCAAAAAAUACCAUUACCUGAUGCAAUUUGAAUUGUAUUUCAUAGUUUGCUAAUAUCAAAAUUAUCAGAAAAGAAUUUGUACAUGAUAAAUGAAUGGAAAGAUCAUGUUUUUGGUAUUUGACUCUAAAAAAUUAAACUUUUCCUCAGAAGAUUCUAUUUAAACUGUAACUAGUAAAAUCCAGUUGCCAGCAGAGAGUAUUGCUGCUAAUUAAUAAAUGUACAUUUGGGACAUAAGUAGAAGCUAUACACGUGGUUGCCAAGGAAGGCUCUAAAAAAAUGCAUCAGAUUUGCAAGUUUGGCAAAGAGCUAUAUUUUUAUUUUUGUUAUGCAUUUAUACCUGUUACUUUAAGAAAUCGUGUAUAAAUAACAAACAUUUAUAUAUUUUAUUGUACAUAAAACUGAUAUUGACAGUGCUAUUUAUACAUUUCAGCAUGUUUUGUGUUUACUUGUAGUUUUCACCUUUUUUCUUUCUCUGUAUUUCAAUUAACAGUUACAUUUUAUAAAUGCUAUGUUUGAACUGUAUUCUAACUCUAGAAGCCUAAAAUAUUCCAUAACUUGUUAAGAGACCGAAAUCCUGGUAAAGUUAAAAGUAGUAUGCUGAGUAAAUGUUUUUUAUAUGUGUUUCUAGAGGGAUGCGACUAUAUUUUUUGCGCAAAUGAGUGCAUAAAUAUCCUACUUUAGAUCAGUUCACACAUGGCUAACAGUCAGUCCCCCUUGUUGAUUAGAGUGUGAUAGUCUACUAACCUAAUACACAUCGAUUAGUGCUAAAUUCUUUUGUAUGUUUGGAUGACUUAACUAUCUGAAUGACAGUAAAAUUGCAUGUGUAAAUUACAUUGUUGUGAGAAAGUUGAAGUGCCAAUUUUUCUGCUUUCAUAAGUGGACAGAAAUUGUUUGAUAAACCUAUAUGUCAUUGAACUUGUGUCUGAUUUGUGUAUUAGUUUGAGAGAUUAUGGAUUUGUCUGCAUGUUUGAGUGAUACUACCCCACUGACUGUACAAAUGAAUGGCUUUAAGCAUGUACUUACAUUGAUCAGACUUGUGAUAAUUCCAUGUAAUGGGAUCUUGUAGUUUAUACAUAGUAUUGUUAUAUACAUUCUCUUACUUAUUUUAGAGAGUGCUCUACAUGUAUACAAGGUAAUUUUUUAUGAAAAUUAAAAAAUAUAAUUAUUUUGA